AUUAAAUAACACUAUUAUUUACAUAUGUUUCAUUUGCGUCCGCAAUUAAAUUUGUUUUGCAUUUUUACAUUAAUUUAUUUCACUACCUAUUAAACUUAUAUAAUCUAAUAAAAAGAUGACUAAUCAAGAAAGUGGUGUUUAUGUUUUCCCAAAUGGUGACAGAUAUGCUGGUGAUUAUUCACAUCGAAGUGAUGGAUCUAUAAUGAGACAAGGAAUAGGUCAAUACACAUCUAAAGAUGGUCUAAUUUGCAAAGGAAUUUGGUCUGAUGAUAAAUUAAAUGGAAUAGGUGAAGUUACGUUUACCUCUGGUGCAGCAUAUGAAGGAAUGUUUGUCAACAACUGUAUGCAUGGAAACGGAAGAUAUAAAUUUCCAGAUGGUUCAGUGUAUGAAGGUUUUUUUCAGGACAAUAAACUGUUAGGCAGGGGAACAUUUACAGAUACUAAAGGACAGAUAUGGCAUGGCGAGCUUAACAAUAAUAUAGGAAACGGGUUUCAGUUUAAAUUAAAUAUGUAAAUAAAAAUGUAAAUACUGUUUAUACAAAUGUAUAUGUCAAUAUAUUAUAGUUUUAAAAAAAAAUUAAUAAUGUUCAAAGUUUAAAAUUUAAUUGUAUAUAGUUUCUUAAAGAAUGUAUAUAAUAAAUAAUGUUGAUAUUAAACGACCUGUUA